UGCGCCGCUGUACUGCUGGCCGAGCUGCUGGAGCGAGUGGCCUUCUACGGCAUCACUUCCAACCUGGUGCUGUUCCUCAACGGACCUCCCUACGGCUGGGAGGGCGCCCAGGCCAGCCAGGCCCUGCUGCUCUUCAUGGGCAUCACCUACCUUGUGUCGCCGUUUGGCGGCUGGUUGGCCGACGCGCUGCUGGGCAAGUUCGGCACCAUCCUGCUCAGCAUGGCUCUCUAUCUGCUGGGCAUGCUGGCCUUCCCCGUCAUCGCCGCGCCGCACACCCGCCAGGGUCUCUGCGGGGACAUCCCGUUGUUCCCCGUAGAGAACUGCUCCUCUCCGGCCGCCAACGCUACGCUGGCGCCGUGCUCCCAGCUGGGAGCCACCCGUUACUGCGCCGCCGCCACCUUCGUGGGACUGGUGCUGGUGGGGCUGGGAGUCGGGUCGGUCAAGGCCAACAUCACCCCGUUCGGGGCAGAUCAGGUCAAAGAUCGAGGUCCAGAAGCCACAAGAAGAUUUUUUAAUUGGUUUUAUUGGAGCAUUAAUUUGGGAGCUAUUCUGUCUCUGGGAGGCAUUGCAUACAUUCAACAGAAUGUGAGCUUUGUUAUUGGAUACAGUAUCCCAACAGUUUGCAUCGGGAUUUCAUUCAUGGUUUUCUUAUGUGGUCAGAGUUUCUUCAUCACAAAACCACCUGAUGGUAGUGCCUUCACAGACAUGUUUAAAAUUCUUGCAUAUUCUUGUUGCUCAAGAAAAAGACACAUGGAACAUUCGACUAAUAGUGAAGGCCAGGGAGUCCUUCAGCAGCCUCGUAAGCAGAGCCUGUUUGAGAUGGCUAAGCUGUCACGUGGAGGUCCAUUCAGAGAAGAUAAAGUUGAAGAUGUGAAAGCUCUCGUGAAGAUUAUCCCUGUCUUUUUUGCUUUAAUACCUUAUUGGACAGUGUAUUUUCAAAUGCAGACAACAUACGUAUUGCAAAGUCUUCAUCUGAGAAUUCCUGAAAUAGCAAAUGACACCAACUCAGUUCAUACGUUUCCAGCAGCCUGGUUGACUAUGUUUGAUGCAGUGCUUAUUCUCAUCCUAAUACCCUUAAAAGAUAAAUUAGUGGACCCCAUUUUGAAGAGGAAUGGCUUGCUCCCAUCAUCACUGAAGAGGAUUGCAGUUGGGAUGUUCUUUGUGAUGUGUUCAGCGUUUGCUGCAGGAAUUCUGGAAAGCAACAGACUGAAAAUUGUAAAGAUCAAAACAAUCAAUCAGACAAUUGGAAAUGUUACAUACCAUGCUGCAGAUCUGCCAAUAUGGUGGCAGAUUCCUCAGUACGUGCUCAUCGGAUUCAGUGAAAUAUUCGCAAGUAUAGCAGGUCUAGAAUUUGCAUAUUCAGCUGCUCCCAAAUCUAUGCAGAGUGCUAUUAUGGGGCUGUUUUUUUUCUUCUCGGGGAUUGGAUCAUUUGUUGGAUCUGGAUUGUUGGCAUUGGUGUCUAUUAAAGAAAUUGGCUGGAUGAGUAAUCAUACUGAUUUUGGUAACAUUAAUGGCUGCCAAUUAAAUUAUUACUUUUUUUUACUGGCUGCCAUCCAAGGAGCAACCCUCUUGCUUUUCCUUAUUGUUUCUGUGAAAUACGAUCAUCAAAAAUCAAAGAUGAAUGACGUAGCUGCCAAUGGAAGGAUCUGAUGUCUGUUACAGAGCAGGUUAUUAAAGCAGCUCAUGCUGGGUCUGUGAGAUCUUAUGUUUUCUCCAGAGAGACUCUUAUUAGACUUGCAUGUUACAAGAGUUCUCGCCCCUGCCGCUCUCAGUUAACGUAGGUAAGUGCCUUAUGUUGGUGGGGCUCAUUUCUUGCACUAUGUCCUGGCAGAGGACAAACACAAAUCUUGGAAGUGUAUUAACUCUAGGCAUUCAAGUUGCUCUUUGUAAUCAUGUGAUGUUUACUAAACUCUUGAAAGCUGGGACUUAUGCUUGGAAAUAGAGUGCAGCCAGUCACGUGUGGCAUGGGUUAGCUCUGACUGAGAAACUGCUAAGUGAAACACUGUGGAUCUACAGAAACAGUCAGCUGCCUCAAGCCCACAUUGAGGAUGCACAGGAAAGAAAACAUUUCACAGGAGCCUGAAGUAGCAGUCACAAGAACAAACAUACCAUGAGAGUCGGUUUUCUUGGGAGAAGCGAGGACAAAUUAAGUUGCGGAUCAAUUGUAAUUAAAAAAAAAAAUGUAAUCAUCUUUCAUUGGAAGUGAACUCAGCAAUUAAGAUCCAAUCUUGCAGUCAAGAGUGUCUGAUACUGGAGGCUGAGUUGUGAAUGUGCUGGUUCUACGUGCUGCAAUAGCUUGGCAUGCAGCUGCUCUAAGUUUUGCUGCAUAGUAAACAUUUGUUGGCAGUGAAAUGGUUUUACUUCAGAACUGGUUUUGAGUUUGCAUUGGAUGUAUUAGGCCAAAAUGAAAACAUACAUCUUAUGACAGAGUAUUCUUCAGUCUAACACUGUUUCUUCCCUAAGGAAUAUUUUAAAUGUUUUCAGAAAGGACUGAGAUUGAAUUCUCAGAAGAUGAAUGCGCAAUAACAAUUUAGAAGUCUUUCAAGCCAGUUCCUUCAGUUCUGCAUCUUAGUUCUGGCUACCAUGCUGCAGGGUUUGCAUCUUUCAGCAACACAUUCCUAUAGCAGAGCAAAUGGUUUCACAUUUGGCCUCCUGAAUUUUAGUGCUUUUAACAACUGAUUGUGUGCAGGCUGGGAUGGAAGAUGAUAUUUUGCAAGGAAUAAUGUGGAAAGAAAAUGAAAACAACUUUUUAUUAAUAUAUUGGAUUUUAUAGUUUCCUUUGCAUUUAUGUUGUCAAAAUGUCCCUUCUUUUUUUGUACACGGGCAUCUUUUUAAUGAGUUUACAAAACAAAAUGAACUUCCUUGCUGUGACUUUUGACCCUUUGUUUCUAGGUGAAUAAAACUGUCCUACAACUGUU